GUUGUUAAUAAGACGACCACCCAAAUCCAGCCACAGCCCUCCGUACCAGAACCACUUUCCGUAUUCCUCGUCGUUCCCUUUCGCUUUCGAUCUCGGAAGCCCUAAUCGAUCCGGCCAUGGGCGGCGAUGGAAUGGUGGACGGCCACUUCGUCUUCACCUACGGCACGCUCAAGCGCGGCUUCUCCAACCACGGCCUCAUCCAAGAGCUGGUCCGAGCCGGCGACGCUUCAUUCGUCGGCGACGCCCGCACCACCUGCCGCCUCCCCCUCGUCUGCGGUCCCUACCGCGUCCCUUUCCUCCUCAACCUCCCCGGCGCAGGCGAGCGCGUCGCCGGCGAGAUCUACGCUGUCUCGCCGCGCGGGCUCGCCCGGAUGGACGAGCUCGAGGGCACCCGCCGCGGCCACUACGAGCGCCUCCCCAUCUCCGUCGUCCUCCUCGGCGAUCCUGGAAGCCAGCAGGUGGAAGUGGCCGCGGAAGCGUAUUAUGCGAACCCGAGUUACGCCGGCGAGCUGUGGCGCCGCAACGGCGAGAGGAGUUACAGUGUGUACUCGGAGCGGGAGGCGACGGGGUAUGUGAAGCGGAAGGAUCGCCCCCAGGACAUCACCUUCCUCGAGCAGAUCCGCCUCUUCGUCGCCUCGCUCCAAUCUUAGAUCAGAGCGUCCACUCUUCCUCCUCUUUCAUUAGUCCCUGAUUUUUGUCAUUUUUCUGUUCCUCUUCUUCGUCGGUGCCUCUUCUUUCGUGAUGGCAACUACAAGUCCGUAGAGCGUUAUGAUCUGUAAACCCUCCCUUCGUAUUUGGUCAAGCAAUUUGAAUUUCCUAGGCUCCUAUCUUCCUUCAAGCAGAGAUUGAAGAAUUUGCGUAGUGAUUCGUUGUUGGAUUCAGGAAUCCCUUGUCCUUUUCUGUGCAUCAUUCUCCCAAUGGGUUCCACUAAUCUGUCCUUUUCAUAGUCUAUUCUUUAAUGCCAACAGGCUUUUGUCCAACGGUGUGAAUUUGAAACUGUUAGAACAAAGUCCAUCAAAUCGACAAACGAAAAGGAUUGGUGGUGGUGGUGCUAUGAAAAGAUUAAGAAGCAACCUGGCAACACUUCGUGAGACUGGCCGUCCGCGAACUUCUGGUGGAGGAUGCAAAAUGAGAAUUUGCAAUGAAAUAAAUAAUAAAUGCCAGAGAAAAGACAAAGCUGCGGCGGAAAAGUUGACAAUCUGUUUUCUCUUUUUUCUUCUCCAGAUGAUACAUAUCAUCAUUGAAAAUUACCUUUUAUCAGUGUUUUUAGAGGGGCUUUUUCAUUUAGGAUAAUAUUAGCCGUUUUCUCCUUAUUUGGUGUUCAUUUUUUUUCUUCUACUUUGUUUCCCAUUCCAUCUUUGGAAUCUUUGUUCAUUUGUUAUGCUUUGCUUUUCCCU